CCUUUCCCCGAGGAGCCGGCGGCGGCGGCAGCGGCGCGGAUCGCGCGGCGGCGAGGCGCGAGAUGGCGGCGGAGCACCCCGGACGCGGGGCGAGGGCCAGGCGCCGGCUGUGAGCGGGAGGCCGGAGCCGAGGCGCGUGGGCGCCGCCGGAGCCGCCGGGGGCUGAGGAGGGGCGGCCCCGGCCCCGAAGAGGCUCGGCCGCAGCCCGAGGCCGUCGGCUGCUGGGCGCCCCGCGCCAUGUUCUCGGUGCUCUCCUACGGCAGACUGGUGGCCCGGGCCGUGCUGGGGGGCCUCUCGCAGACCGACUCGCGCGACUACAGCCUGGUGACCGCCAGCUGCGGCUUCGGCAAGGACUUCCGCAAGGGCAUCUUGAAGAAGGGCAUGUGCUACGGCGACGACGCCUGCUUCGUGGCCCGCCACCGGACCGCGGACGUCUUGGGGGUUGCAGAUGGCGUUGGUGGCUGGCGAGACUAUGGCGUCGACCCGUCUCAGUUCUCAGGGACUCUGAUGCGCACUUGUGAACGUUUGGUAAAGGAGGGUCGGUUUGUGCCUAGCCACCCUGUGGGGAUUCUCACCACGAGCUACUGUGAGCUGCUGCAGAACAAAGUCCCGUUGCUUGGGAGCAGCACGGCUUGCAUUGUAGUCCUGGAUCGGACGAGUCAUCGUCUGCACACCGCAAACUUGGGGGAUUCAGGCUUCCUGGUUGUCCGGGGCGGCAGAGUCGUGCACCGCUCCGACGAGCAGCAGCACUAUUUCAAUACUCCGUUCCAGCUCUCAAUAGCACCGCCCGAAGCCGAGGGAGUCGUCUUCAGCGACAGCCCGGCUGCUGCUGACAGCACUACCUUUGAUGUUCAGUUGGGAGACAUCAUUCUGACAGCCACAGAUGGGCUCUUUGACAACAUGCCAGACUACAUGAUUCUUCAGGAGCUUAAGAAGCUAAAGAAUUCAAAUUAUGAAAGUAUACAGCAGACAGCAAGCAGUAUUGCUGAACAGGCUCACGAACUGGCAUAUGAUCCAAAUUAUAUGUCUCCCUUUGCACAGUUUGCGUGUGACAAUGGACUGAAUGUAAGAGGUGGGAAACCAGACGACAUCACUGUUCUUCUCUCUAUAGUAGCUGAAUACACAGACUGACCGGCUGUAAUACUCAGCUUUUAAUGACUUGUGUGUCUCCAACUGUUCUCAGCUUCACAUGAAUUAUUUCCUGCUGGCAGGAAGUCUCUGCACCUGACCUCAGUGGCUAAUCACAUGUUACGUCCAUUGCCUGUUUAAGAUGCAGUCAAGGCCCCUGCCACAAACCUCAGCUGGAGGACACUUGGGUACAUCUCCAAGCAAGAAAUGAAGAAUUUCAAUACUUGAAGCUUGUCUUUCAAAGUUGACUAGUAAUUAUUGCAUAGAAGGGGGGUGAAGAGGGAAUCAUCACUUUAUGGCUCUAAGGAAAAGUGAGCAAGAAGUAAUGUGGAGUUGGCUGUUGGUGGUUUAAAACUAAUCCUGGUUUUUCAAAUCAGUGAAGAGAACCUCCAUGAGGUCCCAAGGAAGUAUUGCUAGAAAAAGCCCAUUUUUCAUCCGUGGACAGUCAGAGCGCGUCCUGUAACUGGCUCGACGUGUUGGAAAGAUAGCUGAACCUUGUGUUUGUAGAUGAGCUCUCCAUAGGCUUCCCAAGUGCAGUGAGUCUCUUGGUCUAUAUCAGUUUUUUUUCAACCGUGGCAACGUUAAGAUGGGUGGACUUUGACUCCCAGAACCGGGAGUUGAAGUCCGCACAUCUUGAAGUUGCCACGGUUGAAACGCACCGGUCUGUGUGGUGUUAGCCAAGAGCUUUGUUACUCAAUUUGAAACACAGAAAUUGUGAAAUGCAGUGUGCAUGUGAGAGAGUGUUUGUGAAGGUGCUUAACUGUGAUAUCGGUGGAACGUUGGCAUAUUGUUUGUUCACACGGGGCCCUUUCGGCAGCUGGAUUUUUCUUCCAGAAGAUCAUUGUUGAACACUCGUUCAGCUGCAGAGAAGUCUAAAGAUGCCCAGGGGUUGCGUGUUUGGGAUGGGACGUUACCCGUGCAGCUACGAGGGGAUCUUGCUGUUCAAGUGAAAAGUGACGGCAUUCUCUGCUCCAGACUUUUCCCCUUUAAUUUGGGGAUGUUUAUGGUGUUUCCGAGAAUCAACCCUGAGUGUGCUCCCCAGCAGUAGUUAGGGUGAGCAAGCAAAACUCUUUGAGUGGGCAGCGAGCAUUUAUACUUCAGUAGUUAGUCUGCGUGCAGGAUUCCCAGAGAAAGUUAAUGAUGUUUACAGGGCUCUAAUUGCUAAUCGGCAAUAUCGCAGAUCUUUGCUUUUGCAUACACUCAGUCCAAUUUCUCAGUAGCUAUAAUUUCCCCUACCCCAUUUUUCUAAGCUUAUGUAAAAAAACAAUAGUUGUUUUUAUUUAUGCAUACAGAUAUAGGUAUGUAUAAAAAUAUUGGUCAGUUUUUCAUAACUUUUUUUGCUGGUAGGAAAAAAGUACUUAGCAAUGAAAAGCCAUGUUUUAUACAGCAGUUGGGUAAUGUUGAUGUUUAGCUGAUAAUCUUGGCGAGUAAAGCAACCGUACCUUU